UCAAACACAGACUUAUAAAAUUCAAUAUACACAACACAACAUAGCCAAUUUACAGCCGCCUACUUUAUCUUCACAAUUCAAAUAAGACAUGUAUGUAGCAGUCUCUCUCCGUGUUUUUAACUAAAAACCAAGGCGAUGCGAGCAGUGAUGACAACAGGAGUAACAGAUAUGCACAAGCUUCUCAUCUUCAUCUUCAUCUUCUUCCCUUGGAGUUAUGGCGUGGUAGCUCAAUCACAAACAAAUCUCACCGUCGAUCCCGACGAAGGGAGACUAUUGAAUUCAAUAUUUGGGAAAUGGAGGAUAUCAGCAUCGAGUAACUGGAAUAUUAGUGGAGAAUUAUGUAGCGGAGCUGCUGUAGAUUCAACAAAUAUGGAUAAUAACGGAGCUUUUAACCCAGGCAUUAAAUGUGACUGCAGCUCUAAUACCUGCCACAUCACACAGCUGAAGGUUUAUGCAUUGGAUGUUGUAGGUGCCAUCCCUGACGAGCUAUGGAAUUUGACUUACCUCAUUAAUUUGAAUUUGGCCCAAAAUUACUUGACGGGUCCUUUAUCCGCAUCCAUUGGGAACUUGGUUAGCAUGCAGUACUUGAGUUUGGGCAUUAAUUCACUAUCAGGGGAGCUUCCGAAGGAACUUGGAAAACUUACUGAUUUGAGAUCAUUAUCUUUUAGCUCAAACAAUUUCAGUGGCCCAUUGCCGUCGGAGCUUGGGAGUUUGACAAAGUUGACCCAAAUUUACUUUGAUAGUUCUGGAUUAAGCGGUCCAAUACCUUCAACCUAUGCUAGUCUACAAGAGCUGACCACUGUGUGGGCUUCAGAUAACGCUCUCACAGGCAGAAUACCCGGCUUCAUUGGAAACUGGUCAAAGCUUAAUGUCCUGAGGUUACAAGGGAACUCAUUUGAAGGUCCUAUCCCGACUACGCUUUCCAAUUUGACAUCACUGACAGAGUUGAGAAUAAGUGAUUUGUCUAAUGGGAGUUCUACGCUGGAUUUUAUCAAAGAAAUGAAGUCUCUGACUGUCUUAGUUUUGCGGAAUAACAAUAUGUCUGGUUCUAUCCCUUCUGACAUUGGUGGUCAUCAAAAUUUAACUCAACUAGAUUUGAGCUUCAACAACUUCAGUGGAAGGAUUCCAAACUCACUAUUCAACUUGAGUUCGCUCUCAUUCUUGUUUCUAGGAAACAAUAAGUUAUCUGGGACACUGCCUCCACAAAAGAGUCCAUCUCUCAGGAAUAUAGAUUUGUCAUACAAUGAGCUUUCAGGGACAUUUCCUACGUGGAUCAGCGAACCUAACAUACAAAUUAAUUUAGCAGUCAACAACUUCACCAUUGAAGGAUCAGAUAGCAGUGUUCUUCCUGCUGGAUUGAACUGCCUGCAGAGGGGUUUUCCCUGCAAUCGUGGUCUUCCAAGAUAUUAUAACUUUUCAGUUAAGUGUGGUGGUCCACAAGUUACUUCAUCAGACAGGAUUGUAUAUGAGAGAGACAAUCAGACCCUUGGUCCGGCCACAUACUAUGUUAACCCUGCGAACAGGUGGGCAGUCAGUAAUGCUGGCUUGCAUGCAGGGAGUAAUAAUCCACAAUAUAUAUACGCAUCUUCAUCUCAGUUUACAAAUACCUUGGACUCGGAGCUGUUCCAGACAGCACGAAUUUCUGCCGGGUCUUUGCGGUAUUAUGGCUUAGGGCUUGAGAAUGGUAACUACACUGUGAAACUUCAGUUUGCAGAGAUAGCUUUCUUAAAUCCUCCUACUUGGAAGAGUCUUGGAAAGAGAAUUUUUGAUAUAUACAUCCAGGGGAACCUAAUGUGGAAAGAUUUCGAUAUACGCAAGGAAGCUGGAUCUUCAUUCCGUGCACUUCCAAAGGAAUUUAAAGUACGUGUUUCUGAAAACUACCUUGAAAUUCAUUUAUUUUGGGCUGGAAAAGGGACAUGUUGUAUACCAGAUCAAGGUACAUACGGGCCUUCUAUUUCUGCAAUCAGUGCGACGCCAGAUUUCAUUCCUACCGUUAGCAAUGAUUCUCCUGUCAAUUCUUCCAGCAAGAGCGACACUGGUUUGAUUGUGGGGAUAGUUGUUCCUGUUGCUGUUUUAAGCUUCCUGGCUGUAGGUUUUGUGUUCUUUUUCAUUCAAAGAAGGAAAAGGCGUAAAGCCUCUGAAGAUGAAGAGUUUCUGGGGCUGGAUGCCAGACCAUAUACUUUCAGUUAUGCAGAACUGAAAGCUGGAACAGAUGACUUUAGUCCCAUCAAUAAGCUUGGGGAGGGGGGAUUUGGACCUGUUUACAAGGGUAUGCUUAGCGAUGCUAGAGCUGUUGCUGUCAAACAACUUUCCGUGGCAUCUCAUCAAGGAAAGAGUCAGUUUGUGGCAGAAAUUGCAACAAUAUCUGCUGUGCAGCAUCGUAACCUUGUGAAAUUAUAUGGAUGCUGCAUCGAAGGAGAUAAGAGACUGCUUGUCUAUGAAUAUCUUGAAAACAACAGUCUUGAUCAAGCGUUAUUUGGAAACAAAACUUUGUUCCUUGACUGGUCUACUCGUUUUGAAAUAUGCCUUGGAGUUGCACGCGGUCUUACAUAUCUUCACGAAGAAUCACGAGUAAGAAUUGUACACAGAGAUGUGAAAGCAAGCAAUAUUUUGCUUGAUUCUGAUCUUGUACCCAAAAUUUCGGACUUCGGCUUGGCCAAACUCUAUGAUGAUAAGAAGACUCACAUAAGUACUCGUGUUGCAGGAACAAUUGGGUAUCUUGCUCCAGAAUAUGCCAUGCGUGGACAUCUUACCGAAAAAGCUGAUGUAUUCGGGUUUGGUGUUGUAGCUCUUGAAAUUGUUAGUGGCAGGUCCAAUUCCGACUCCUCCUUAGAAGAUGAUAAAGUAUACCUUCUUGAAUGGGCCUGGCAAUUACACGAGGAUAACCGUGGGCUUGAGCUUGUUGAUCCGAGUUUGUCCACAUGCAACGAGAGUGAAGCUAAAAGGGUCAUAGACGUGGCACUUCUGUGCACUCAAACAUCACCAAAUCUAAGACCUCCAAUGUCUCGUGUGGUGGCAAUGUUAUCAGGAGACAUCGAAGUAACUCCAGUCACUACGAAGCCUGGCUAUCUUACGGACUGGAAAUUCUCAGAUUCAACAACUUUUCUGAGUGCUGACGCUUCAACAUCAAAUACUGAUCAGAGUACUCAGUUUAGCUCAUCUGCAGGUACAACCCAGCUAAGCGAUCCAAAUUACACCCCAGUUAAUGUCUCUGCUUCCAUGCUCGGAGAGGGUAGAUUGUCAGAACUGUACCAGUCUCCUUGCAAGGCCAUGAGAGCAGCAGUGACCUCUGGAUUGAUCGAUGUGCAUGUGCUUUCCGUCUUCAUCGUCUUCUUCUUCUCUUUAAGUUUCGGUGUCAUAGCUCAGACAAAGACAAAUCCCACCGUUGAUCCUAAUGACGGGAGAAUUGUGAACUCUAUCUUUCGCAAAUGGGGGAUUUCGGCAUCGAGCAACUGGAAUAUAAGCGGAGAAUUAUGCAGUGGAGCUGCCAUUGAUACCGUAACUACCUUCUCAGACGGUAGUUUUAACCCAGCUAUUAAAUGUGCCUGCGGCAAUACUACUUGCCGCAUUACCCAGCUGAAGGUCAAAGCGUUGGAUGUUGUGGGUGUCAUCCCUGAAGAGCUAUGGAACUUGACUGCCCUCAUGAAUCUGGAUUUGCGCCAAAAUUACUUGACAGGUCCUUUAUCUGCAUCCAUUGGAAAUUUAGUUAGCAUGCAGUAUAUGGGCCUGAGCAUUAAUUCACUAUCAGGAAAUCUUCCAAAGGAACUCGGGAAGCUUACUGAUAUGAGAAUAUUGACUUUUAGCGGAAACAAUUUUAGUGGCCCUCUGCCGGCAGAGCUGGGGAGUUUAACAAAGUUAGAACAAAUUUACUUUGAUCUUUCUGGAGUGAGCGGUCCCAUACCUUCAACAUUCGCUAGUCUACGAAAUUUGGCUAAUGUAUGGGCUUCUGGCAACGAACUUACGGGGAGAAUACCCGACUUUAUUGGGAAUUGGUCAAAGCUUACAGAGCUGAGGUUUCAGGGGAACGCUUUUGAAGGUCCCAUACCGAUGACUUUUGCCAAUUUGACAUCAAUGACGGACUUAAGAAUAAGUGAUGUAUCUAAUGGGAGCUCUACACUGGAUUUCAUCAAAGAAAUGAAGUCUCUGUCUGUCUUAAUCUUGCGGAAUAACAAUAUUUCUGGUUCUAUCCCGUCCGACAUUGGUGGAUAUCGAACUUUGAUUCGAUUAGAUUUGAGCUUCAACAACUUCAGUGGACGGAUUCCAAACUCGCUAUUCAAUUUGAGUUCACUUGAAUCUUUGUUUCUUGGAAACAAUAAGCUAUCCGGCACUCUGCCUCUACAAAAGAGUGCAUCUCUUAGGAAUAUAGAUUUGUCCUACAAUGACCUUUCUGGAACAUUUCCUUCGUGGAUCAGUGAAUCAAACAUACAACUUAAUAUUGUUGCCAACAACUUCAAAAUUGAAGGAUCAAAUAGCAGAUUUCUCACACCAGGACUGAACUGUCUUCAGAAGGGUUUUCCUUGCAAUCGUAAUCCUCCACGAUAUUAUAAUUUUUCAAUUAAGUGUGGUGGUCCAUCACUUAAAACUUUAGACGGGAUUGCAUACGAGAGAGACAAUGAGGCCCUUGGUCCUGCCACAUACUAUGUUCCAACAUCAAAUAGAUGGGCUGUCAGUAAUGCUGGGCAGCGUGCAGAUGCUGGUAGUCCAGAAUAUAUAAACACAUCUUCAUCUCGAUUUGCAAAUACAGUGGAUCCAACACUGUUCCAGAUAGCACGAACUUCUGGUGGGUCGCUUCGAUACUAUGGCUUAGGGCUUGAAAAUGGUAACUAUACCGUGAAACUUCAGUUUGCAGAGAUAGCUAUCCCAAAUCCACCUGGUUGGAGGAGUGUCGCGAGAAGGAUUUUUGAUAUAUACAUCCAGGGGAGCCGAGUUUUUAAAGAUUUUGAUAUAGUCAAGGAAGCUGGAUCUUCGUUUCGUGCAACUUCAAAAGAUUAUAAGGUACAGGUUUCCGAAAAUUACCUCGAAAUCCAUUUUUUUUGGGGUGGAAAAGGAUCAUGUUGUAUACCAGAUCCAAGUACAUUUGGACCUUUGAUUUCAGCAAUUACUGCCACACCAGAUUUCAUUCCUUCUGUAAGUAAUGAUCCUCCUGUCGACCCUUCCGCCAGAAAGAACAAAUCAGGUUCAGUUGCUAAGAUCGCCAUUCCUGUUACAGUUGUAAGCUUUCUGAUUGCUGUAUUCGUUUUGUCUUUCUUCGUUCGAAGAAGGAAAAAGCAGAGUACAUAUGAAGAUGAAGGUAAAGAAGAGUUUCUGGGGAUGGACGCCAGACCAUAUACUUUCAGUUAUGCAGAACUAAAAGUUGGAACAGAUGACUUUAGUCCUGCUAAUAAGCUUGGGGAGGGGGGAUUCGGACCUGUUUACAAGGGUACUCUUGGUGAUGGUAGAGUUGUUGCUGUGAAGAAACUUUCUGUAGCAUCCCACCAAGGAAAGAAUCAGUUUGUUGCAGAGAUUGCAACGAUAUCUGCUGUGCAGCAUCGUAGCCUAGUGAAAUUAUAUGGAUGCUGCAUUGAGGGAGAUGAGAGGCUGCUGGUAUAUGAGUAUCUUGAAAACAACAGUCUUGAUCAAGCGUUAUUUGGAAAGAGAACUUUAUUCCUCGACUGGUCAGCUCGUUAUGAAAUAUGCCUUGGAGUGGCACGUGGUCUUGCAUAUCUUCACGAGGAAUCACGAGUACGAAUUGUACACAGAGAUGUGAAGGCAAGCAAUAUUUUGCUCGAUUCUGAUCUUCAACCCAAAAUUUCGGACUUUGGAUUGGCCAAACUCUAUGAUGAUAAAAAAACUCACAUAAGUACCCGUGUUGCAGGAACAAUUGGAUAUCUUGCACCAGAAUAUGCCAUGCGUGGACAUCUUACGGAAAAAGUUGAUGUCUUUGGGUUUGGUGUGGUAGCUCUGGAAGUUGUUAGCGGAAGGUCCAAUUCUGACUCGACAUUAGAGGAUGAUCACAUAUAUCUGUUGGAAUGGGCUUGGCAACUACACGAGCAUAACCGUGGAAUUGAUCUUGUUGAUUCGAGUUUAUCUGCAUUCAAUGAGGAUGAAGUUAAAAGGCUAAUAAAUGUGGCACUCUUGUGCACUCAAACAUCGCCAAGUUUAAGACCUCCAAUGUCUCGUGUGGUGGCAAUGUUAUCGGAAGACAUUGAAAUAAGCACAGUCACUACAAAGCCUGGCUACCUUACAGACUGGACAUUUACAGAUGUAAACACUUUUGAAAGUGUUGAUGCAUCAACAUCAAAUACUGAUGCAAACACUCCAUUCAGCUCAUCGGCAGAUAAUAGCGAGGUAACUGCUUCAAAUCACACUCCAGUACAUGUCCCUGCCUCGUCUGCUUUAUUAAGCAGCAGGUACAAUGAUGCACUUGGUUGAACACAAGCUUGUACUAUAUCUUACAUUAGUAUUACCGUUGGUUUAUAGCAAUUCGUAAACAGUGCUGGUCAUCGAUAGUCAGAAAUUUACUUAAGUGACUAUUUUUAUUUGUAUCGAAUUGUUUCA